GACUGUCGGCACAGUACCAAAUGCAUUGGUUAGUGAUAAUGAGGAAGCUAGUGAAGUCGUUAUGUCUCAAGCUGAAGGAGAAUCAUCACACGAGACAUUUACAGCUUCGAUUACUGCUGACAAUUUUUCAAAGAAAAGUAAGAAAAAAAAACUAAAUAAGGGAAAUGAACCAAAAUCUAUAAACGAAGAUGACGAAGAGUUAUUUAAAGAAGCUAUGUCCGUGUUAAGAGCUCCGAGUGAUGAAUUUGAUGUUUUUGGAAAUUACGUUGCUGUGGAGUUACAACAACUCCGUUCUGAAGAAAGAAGAAGACGAUUGAAGCGCAUAAUACAGAGAGCUAUCAUUGAUAUGGGAGAAGAGGAUUUUAUUUUAUUUUAA